GGCCCUGUCGCCUGGCAACCCGGUGGCAGCGUCCGUGGAGCCCAGGCCACACAGCUGCACCCAGCCCUGCCCAGCUCCUCCCAGGCCUGCAGGACCCCUGGGGCCCUGUCCUUAUUCCCCACCACUGGGACAGCCAAAGCUCCGGUCACAAUGAACAUCGUCUUCUCCAGGGACAGCCAGGUGAGGGGGAUGGACAAUACCAUGGCCAACGCCGAGAAGUACUUCGGGCAGUUCUGCUCGCUGCUGGCCGCCUACACGCGCAAGACGGCCCGGCUGCGGGACAAGGCAGACCAGCUGGUCAAGCAGCUCAUCGACUUUGCCAACUCCGAGAACCCCGAGCUGCGGGCCACCAUGAGGGGCUUCGCCGAGGACCUGGCCAAAGUGCAGGAUUACCGGCAGGCCCAGGUCGAGAGGCUGGAGACCAAGGUGGUCAACCCCCUGAAGCUCUACGGGGCACAGAUCAAGCAGACACGGGCUGAGAUCAAGAAAUUCAAACGUGUCCAAAGUCAUGAGAUCAAACAACUGGAAAAGCUGGAGAAACUGAGACAGAAGUCACCCUGGGAUCGGCAAAUGAUCUCCCAGGCAGAGACCAGAGUGCAGAGGGCCGCCAUGGACUCCAGCCGCACCACUCUCCAGCUGGAGGAGACAGUGGAUGCCUUCCAGAGGCAGAAGCUGAAGGACCUGCAGACAUUUUUUUCUAAUUUUGUAACUAUUGAGAUGGUUUUCCAUGCCAAAGCGUUGGAGGUGUAUUCUAGUGCCUUCCAGACCCUGGAGAAGUAUGACCUGGAGAGGGAUCUACAGGAUUUUAGAGCCAAGAUGCAAGGAGUUUAUGGGCAUUACGAUACUCAGCCACUUGCCAACACCAACCCCUCUCCAUCUGUUCUUCAGUCUCUCGCCAGGCAGAGUGCUCAGAGCACGAUACGGAGCCCAGGAAAAGAAGGGGAGGAGAGUGAGGACAACUCCAUGGAGGAGGACCCCGUGGAGGAUCCCAGGGCACUGGGGCAGGGACCCAGUAAUAGAGAACCACCCACAACAGUCAGAAGAACUUAGCUGGCCUGGGGUCCUCAGGUGGGCUCUGCUGUGUGCCCUCAGGCAAGCCACAUGUCUCCUGAACCUCAGUUUCCUCAUCUGUACAACAGGGCCAAUAUCACUCACCUCACAGGUUGCUCUGGGGGAUCACUGUGCCUGGCACAUAGUAGGUGUUCAAUAAAUGCCCUGUGACUCUCA